UUUAAUGAGAGAAAAAUGUGCAUCUUUAAAACACAAGAAUUUUUAACGACAUUCUUCCUGGGAAAUCCCGUCUGUCUGUGCCAGGAAGAAGAGAGCAAUAGGCAGCUGGUUCUUUAUUAUACCCUUAACCUCUCUUUCUCUCUCACACGCACAGACAUUCUGUAGCCAACCAGAUUUUCCAUUUUCCUGUAAUUAAAACGUCCAAUGUUUCGCCAUGAAAUAUAAAGACCCGACAGAAAGCACAGGUUUUGGAUUUUGACGUGUUUCGCUCACGUGGGAUUUUGUUGAAGAAGAAGAGAAGAAAAGGGUUUUAAAUUUUGUGAUUAAAAAUUAACAUACUGAAUUGAUCUCUGGGUUGUUGGCUUUUGGGCUACAUGGACCAAGAAAAACCCAAACCAAAGAGGCUUUAUCAAGUUUGGAGAGGAAACAAUAGAUUCUUAUUUGGAGGAAGGUUCAUCUUUGGUCCUGAUGGGUCAUCGUUGUUUUUAUCAACAUUCCUAAUUUUAGGCCCUGCACUUGGUUUUUGCAUCAAAAUAUUCUCCAUCAUCAAACAUCAAGAAUACAAACAUGCAAUGUAUUGGUAUUCGGUACUUAUCGUGGCAAUAGUUUUAACCAUUCUGGAUAUAAUGUUUCUCUUCCUAACAUCCAGCAGAGAUCCUGGGAUUGUACCUCGGAAUUCAAGACCUCCCGAGUGUGAUGAAACAUUUGAGAUGAGCACCCCUUCAAUGGAGUGGGUCAAUGGGAGGACUCCUCAUUUAAAACUUCCUCGAAUGAAGGAUGUGAUUGUGAAUGAGCAUACUGUUAAAGUGAAGUUCUGUGAAACUUGUUUGCUUUACCGUCCUCCCCGUGCGUCUCAUUGCUCCAUCUGCAACAAUUGUGUUCAGAGAUUUGAUCAUCACUGUCCAUGGGUCGGUCAAUGCAUUGGCAUAGUAAGUAUUGUACCGUGAUUGAUUGGAUAUAUGGUGUUAUUGGGUUUAAUACACUGGUUGUUGCUAAACUAUUAGUGAUCCAUCUUGUUGGUUACCGACUUUGUUUUCUUUCAAGUUGAUAACUAAAUUUAAACUUUGUUAUAAUUUGAUCACCCAUGUCUGUUUCUCCGUUAGUUUGGCUAACACAAAAGAUGAUGUGGCAGGCUAGUUCUUUGUAACUUGCUACCAACUAGACGGCCACAUCAAAUUUUCCUUUAGUCAAACUAACAAAGGUGGAUGGAAUGAACUAAUUGUAACUAAAUUUUAAUUCCAUUGGCCAAGUUGAUACAAAACAAAUUCACUGACAACAUGAAACAUCGCUAAAAGUUCCACAAUUACAAGUGUUUUCAUCCUGAUCUUAUAUGAGCUUAUUCUGUCAACUCUAUAGUUUCCAUUCACCUUUAUAAUAUUUGGCUGGCAAUUAUCUUGGUGUUGAUAAAAUCAUUCAUUAUUUUCAACUUGGUUUGAAUAAAUGUAAGAGAUACUUUGUCCUGCGAUAAUUCUGUUAUCGUAGUUUAUAUGAAAUCAUUUUGAGCUAGCUGUUUACUAUUUUUAUCUCCACGUUAAAUCUCUCAUAUGCAUGGGAAAAUUAUCAAUGAAAUUGUUACUAAAAAUCCUGGCCAUGAUAAUGUGUUCUGGUCAUGUAAUUAAGUUGCAACUUCAAUACAUAAAUCAUUUAACGGGCCACGGUUUCUUGACACUAUGAUUCUGAUACUCCAUCCCUUGUUCAUCACGAGAAAAUUGUUUAUGUGGUAACACUAAUUUUGAGUUGUGUUUACCAUGGACAACAACUAAGAAAGAGCAUCUUUGAGCUUCUCAGUCUUGUCAUUCUAGACAUUCUUGAUUCUCGAGGAAGAAAGUUAAGAUCACGUACAAAUGAUUAGAUACUUCAUGCAUUUUUCAUGCUUGAGUUUUAUUGAUACAUCUAAAUCUUACAAUCUCCUUAUGAAAGAAUAGUCAAAAUUUUCACAACAGAUUCAUCAUCAUUGCACCUAAAUCAGGCACUCUAUUACAAGGAUAUAAACUUCACAGAGUUGCUAUUUUCUUAACUAUGGGGAGUAUUAGACUCUGAGAAGUGGGAGAAUAAAUAGAGCUACAUGACUUCUUAGUAUUCUUUCACUGUUCCUUCAGAGUUGGAAUUAUCCUUCUGCUGCCCCCACCCUCAGAAAAAUAAAAAAAUUGUCUUGUUUCUGCUGCACUGUGUUGAGGAUAUAAUGAAGGUUUUUUCCCUAAG